CCCCGUCACAAGACACAGAGGCAGGCGGUGACGUCACGCCCCGUUCCCUCGGCUGAUAUUUUGUAAACAAACUCCACCUCCUGCCACCCUCUGCCCUUAUCGCCUGCCCUGGACGCCCGAGGACGCUCUCCACGGUGUACUAUGGCCACGGGGAAGAUUAACAAAGGAUAACAGCAACAGAACUUCCCCAAUACACUGUGAUGUCGCUGACUGGGCAUCGCUCUCCCCUGGUGGGAGGGCUGGGCAGCAUGAGCACAGUGAGCCCGGACAUCUGGCUGGCCAACCACCUGCCAGGGAUGCAGAUCAAUGGACGCAUGUCAGCUGUUCGCCGUUUCUUCUGCUUGUUUGUGACGUUUGACUUUCUCUUCACUGGCCUGUUUUGGGCCAUCUGUGUGCUAAUAAAAAACGAGGGGGCGUACAGUGCAUUAAUUGAGGAAAUCAUCCACUACAAUGUACGCUACUCCAUAUUUGAUAUAGUGAUGGUCGCUGGUGUGCGAUUCACCCUGCUGUUGCUUAUGUACGCUCUACUACACAUUAACCAUUGGUGGAUGGUGGCAAUAACCACUGCGGGAAGCUGUGCAUUCCUUAUUUUUAAAGGUCUAAUGUAUGAGUGGCAAGGGAAUGACAAAUCAAGUUACCCGUUUGAGGUGACGCUGCUAUUGUUAUCCUUCUUCAUCUCUUGGAUCGAGGCUUGGUUUGUGGACUUUCGGGUGUUGCCUCAGGAAAACAGAGCCAAGAGUGUGCUUGAAGCGGCCACCAGUAGUGAGCAGUAUGAGAAUGACCCGCUGCUGCCUGGUCUGGAGAGGGUGCGGGACUACCUUAGCACAUACUCAGAGACCGUGGGAGACUUCUACUCGCCCAUGGAGUCUCCUCUGGGUUCUGAGGAUGAGGAAGAGUAUGGAGGCUUCACAGGGAAUAGAAAACUGUCCCCACAAGAGAGAGAGUUACAGAUUUGUGGGGUUGAGGCGCUACACAAAGCCUGGGAAAUGCUGCACUCGCCAGGCUGGAAGGUGGAGAAGGAAAGCGCCCACGGGGACACCAUCUACACCAGGCUGGGCCCAAGAGGAAAUAAAAUAUACAAGUUGACAGGUGUUAUUGACACUGAUGCCAACACACUGUUCAACGAAUUUGUUCACAACUUUGAAAAUAUGUCCACCUGGAACAAGGCCAUCAACAUGGGGAGAAAAGUCCAGAGUGUGGACAGCAGCACUGAUGUGGUGUACCAGCUGGCGACGGAGGGGCCAGGAGGGGUGGUCACGGCGAGGGACUUUGUCACCGUGCGCCAUUGGAAAAAGAUUGACAAUUGCUGGGUUUCUGCCAUCAAGUCAGUCAUCCACAAGGAUGAGCCACCACAGAAGAGUGCUGUCAGAGGAGAAAAUGGACCUUCCUGCUGGGUGUUUGAACCAGCUGAGAAUGCACCGAGGAAAUGUGCCUUCCAGUGGCUGCUGGACACAGACCUCAAGGGCUGGAUACCCCAGUAUGUCCUGGACCAGGCACUCACCUAUGCCAUGACAGACUUCAUGACCUGCCUCAGAUCCCAUGCGCCCACCCUCAAGAGCUCUCAGAGGCGAGGACACAGAUAACUUGUCUUCUCUCAGUGAGUUGAAGACAAAAACACAUUUCAAUAUACAAAAGGAAAAGUGCUGGUAGUACAGCAUGUCCUUUCCUAUUUGUAACCCAGUCAUUGGGGGUUGACAGGGCCAUUUAGGUUUCGUCCUGUCAUCUACAUGCAGAAAAGUAUUCUUCACAAUGUCCCGUCUGUGAAUCAUGUCAUUUAGUGUAUAAAAUAACCAAAAGUAUUGGGUCUUCCUAGGACUUAAAAUUGAUCUUAUAGAAAAGUGCUGCUCACUCCUUACACAUUCAGGCAAGGUCUUGAACGUAAUUUUUUUUUUUUCUUUUUCUUUUCAGUCAUAAAGGUAAAACAAGGUUGACAGGGACAUGGUUACUGUACAUCUAUAUUACUUCCUUUGUCCAGAACAUACAUGAGUAAAUAUUCCUUCAUGAAAGUCUCGAGAGGUUCCUGUGUGAAAAGGUUCCCCAGUAAUAUUCCCGUCAUAUAAACGUGGACACGGUCUUGGUAUCUACAUAUCUUUCAUGUUCUUUCCCUCUCUUCCUUGAUUCAUUCUUUUCAAGUCUCUCAAGCCCAUCUGUCCUACACUUCUGAAAGACUCAUUCCAUCUGGGAUGUACUUUAUCAACUUUUUUCCAUCUAACACCACAGUGUAGUGGUUAGCGCACUUAUCACCAAAUCUGCAGGCCCGGGCUCAAUCCCGGCCUGUGGCAGUCGGCACACAACUCACCCAGCUGUUCAUCCUCCUUUUUGGUCUGGUUAAUAAAUGGGUGCUUAGGGACACCUGGGAAGUAAACUGCGGUAACACUUGUCCCGUAUCCCGGAGUAGUGGGUUCUUAUACACCACUGGCUCAAGGGACAAUGAAACAGAUGAGCAUCGAGGCCACUAAAUUUUUUUUCAUCAGUGUUUUUUUUCUGAUUGUUCCCCUGUCACUGUCAUCAAAGCAUAUCAAGCAUCAUCAAUUUACCUUCAUCAAAUAGUUCAUAUCAUUUCAUCUCAUUGUUAUCUUCUGCAACAGUAUGUGAGUGUCAGUGUUGAUGUCCUUGUUCUAAGGGUUAAGUUGUUAGUGUUUCCUUAACACUUUGACUUUAAGAAAGGCUUUUGUUAUCAUACAUUAUUCUUUCCAGUGAAUUUUUCUGCAUGGCUGUGAUAUGAAUAUUAUUGCCUUACUCAUAAAUACUAAGGAGCAACGUUUCUGAAAGUGCUUGUAAACCAUUUGUUAUUUUUUCAUUGCAUUACAUUUUUAUGAAGUCCAUGCCUAACUAGUCUGGGUCGUGUGUUAAAUCUGAUCAUCAUGUCAUUACUUGUUUCCCUCCAAAGUUGUUACAACUGUUUGAACCAUUCACAAAACAUCCAGGAAGCUGUGAGGAAGAGAGAUUUACCAUCCUGUGCUUGCUCGAGAGAACUAAAACUGGAAACUCAUGAAUAUGUUAAAUCCUAUUCAUGCUUUAUUUAUCAUCUCAGUAAAAGUCCACUAAUGUGAAUAGUAACGGAUGCAAAUCUGUUAUGAGUUGAGAUUUUUAAAACCGUAUGAUGCUACCUGAAAUCACUGUUAACCCUUUCCAUCCAUGACGCAGAUGUCGGCGUCACAGUAUGGAAAGGGUCAAGAGGAAAUGGAAGAGGAUUAAUCCUCUUCUAAACCUCCUCAAAAUUCCUCUUAAUCCUCUUCCAUUUCCUCUUAAGAGGUUUAGAAGAGGAUUAAGAGGAAAUGAAAGAGGUUUAGAAGAGGACUAACCCUUUCCAUUCAGUGACACCGUCAGACGCCGAUGUCAGGGUCGCUGGAGUGAAGGAGUUAAUGCAUACAUAUGUCCUGAAUAAUACUAAACAGCAAUGCGUAGAGGUAUUUUACUUAUCUCAGGUGAACAGAAUUACUUUUCACGUGAUUUAAUUGCCGUGUACUGCACUGUAUCCAACCCCUGACUCUUAACACAUUGCAGUUACUUUGAUUUUGGGGGGGGGUUAUUCCAUGAUGAGUGUUACCUUCUAUCUCUCCUCAGUACUCUUGUUGCCUGGGCCUGUUGUUUUGGGCUCCGGAGUUUCCAAGAGUUACGGAACAAGGGAAUUCUUUGUAAAAUGUACAUAAUCACAGAGCUCAUGCUGCUGUGCUGUUCCUGAGGACGAGAGGCUGUCUGACUGGAUGCCACAGUCAAAACAAAAUAAUUGAUAAUCAUCUUGCAACAAUGUUUUAUAAUGAUUGUGUAUUUGUAUUUAUUGAUUCCUGCCGUCCAGAAUUUGGAAUACUCAUUUCUGCAUUAUUUUUUUCCUGCACUCCAGAGUUCUGUCAAUCAAGAAUUUGGACUGAAUUAGCAUAUUAUGACCAUAAGAAUUGAGAUUAAUAGACUUUUACUCUAUUAUUACUAUCAUUAUUAUUAUUAAUAUUAUUAUUAUAACAAAGUUCUCAUAGUGCUUCUACAAUCCCUGUAAGCCAAGUUACCCGCAUUAUACCAACUUCUUAUGCAUUUGCUAUUAAAUUUCAUGCAAGUUUGUUUAUAUAAUUUUUUCCCAUGACUGCCUGUCCUUUAGGGGGCAUCAUGAUAAAGACUGCUGGAGGUUACUCAUUUCACUUGUUACAAAGUUACCACAAUUGAUUAAAUAAAUCCAUAACACAAUGUAUUCCUGUAGCUGAUCCAUGACUCUUAACAGUUGUCACCAUCACAGCAAACAUUUACUCAGUGCACUGUACAUGAAGGGAGGGGAGUGGAGGCUAUAUUGGCCUCAGUAAAUGAGAAAAAAACAUUCAGGUAAGACUAAGAUUGCCCACUGAAGUGGGCCCACGGCUGUUAUUAACUGUUCUGGUCAAGAACUUAUUGCGGUUCAGUAAGUCAUAAAAUUACUCAUAAUUUUUGCAAACUGAUGAUGCAUCAGCUAAACAAAAUAAUAACAUUAUGUAAUGUAAGUUCUUUUGGGUAAAAUUAUAUUUAUAUAGUCAUAUAUUGUACAAUAAUUACUCAUUUAUGAUAUGCAGACAUUGUGACUGCUUGAUGGUGCAGUGGAACCUAAAUAUUUCAAGCAAUAGUGAUGUUUUAGCAGUAAAAUUCAUGUUGAAAAAUAGGUAUGGGAAGGAUUAGUAUGAGCAAGAAAUCUCAUGCAAGUAUUUGGGAGCAAAGAACAGGAGAUCUGGUUUACUUUGACGUCUUCAUGGAUGAAUUUUGCAUGUCUUGGAUAAAGCCUUUGUGGAAAAAAAUAUCAGGUUCCACUGCUCUCUGACAGAACUUGUGGUACACAAGCCUUGUUCAUGCAGACUUGUUUGUUAGUUGUAGCUGGUAGUUCCUUUGAAUGACACUUAAAUGGAAUUUUCAUUUUAAGACACUUUCAGUCAGAUCUCUUGACAUUUUUAUCAAGUCACUGAUGUGUUUCUAGAUUAUUUUUAGGUAUUCCUAGAGGUCAACUGAGACAAAAUAAAUAUUACUAGAAUUAUUGGUGCUUAUGGAAGGUUGUAUGAAGUGUGAUAUUUGCAUACACACCAGCUCACUUACCAUACAUAGAACCAAGUGUGUUGUGAAACCCUUGCAUGUACCGGUAUAUCAGGGCCUUCCUUUUGUGUUAUUCUCACCAUUCAGCUUUUUAUGAGUGUUUUUUGCAUUAUUUGAUGUGUGUUUAUUUUUAACCAUCGUCAGUCAGGGCAUGGGACUUCAAAACUGAGGAACACUGGUGCACAUGAAACACCACUUUAUGAAUUACUCAAGUGACACUUAAAAGAGACAAAGUGACAUGAGAAUUGCAACUUUUCAUGAGUCAUAUCUUGGUCUACAGUGAGUGGAAGGACAAAGAUAUUGGGUGAUUUGGUGAACAAGUUUGUGUGCAUGGGAUGCAAGUAGAAUAAAUGAGUAUGAAAUUAAAAUGUGAAAGAUUUGUUGUGAAACAAAGGUACUGCAUGAUUCUAUGCCUUAUUAGUUUCUGAAGCAACUGCCUACAUAUUGACAUAGUUGCACAGGUUGUGGAUUUAAAUCAUUAGUGUCAGUGCAAAGCUCGAGUGGCUGAGGCUGUUGUGUAAACUAUCCCUGAGCAAUGUUUUCCACACGACUUCUGGUCCUUGAGUAAGAACUUUAACCUGUCUAGUGAUGAUUGCUUUAUCCUGGGAAGUUGCUCAGCUGGUAUUCACCACACAUUCCAAGCGUGAAUGACGAAACUAUUACAGUGUAGCUCACCCGCCUCACGGUUACCAGAGUAUGUUCUUGCAUUACGCUGCUCUCGUAAACACACCGUUAAUGUACAGUCAAUCUUGUACAAAGAAUUUUCUGAGUAUUAACUUGGACUUGUAUAUAGCAUGUAAGUAAUAGCCAUGUCAAGUAGGAAUAAACUGCUUCAUUAUAUAUAAAUCUAAAUACUUUAGUGAUUAGUGAAAUUACUUUAGAAGUAAACUUUAAUUUUUGUACAAACAUGUUCUUGAAUCAGUUGGGCAUUUUUAUAGUGUAUGAAUUUUUUAUCAUCCUUUUGGUGUGCUCUGAGCUUUGUGUAUUGUGUUUUCUCUAACCUGCUGAGUGGUGUCAGCAAUGCCCUGCCCUGCAGUGAUAGGCAGUGAAUGCGUUUGUCCGAGUCUUCAUAUGGAGAGAUGUUUGUCAGGUUUCAUAUUACAUAUUAUUUAAGCCAUGAUACCAAAGUAUUGCCUGGGUUAGCACUGAAGAGCAUAACCUUGAUCUGUGUUGGUUAGUAUAUUUCAUAGCUUUUAUGUAUACAAACUUAUUUGAUAUUAAAAGAUAAAUGUGAUAA